AUAGAGUGCGGUAGACCUCACCUGCUCAAUGCUUUUCCGCGCUUCGUCUAUCCUCCGCAACUCUCUUAUAUCUCAAGUGACGGUCUCAUCCAGUCGAAAUGGCUCCGUCUGCUACCUCCGACAUCGCUCCCGAGGGCGAAUACAAGCCCAAGCAUAUUGAAGACCGCCUCUUCAUCAACGGAGAGUUCGUUCCCUCGAUUUCAGGCAAGAAAUUCGAUAUUGUCAACCCCAACAACGAAAAGUUUGCCGCAUCAGUCUACGAGGCCGGGGCCGAGGAUGUCGACCUCGCAGUUAAAGCCGCCAAAGAGGCAUUCCCUGCGUGGUCUGCCCUCUCUGCGACCGAUCGACAAGGCUAUCUGAACAAGUUGGCCGACGCUAUCGAGAAGAACGUCACCGAGAUUAGCUACCUUGAAGCCAUUUCAAUGGGCAAGCCGUACAUCGGCGAUGCGUUCAAUAUGUUCGGUGUUCAAAUCCUGAGAUAUCUUGCCAGCAAGGCCCUGGAUGUCUCUGGCGACUCAUCCUUAAACACGGUCGGUCAUGUCAACAUCACUUUGCGUCAGCCAUUCGGGGUCUGUGGCGCCAUCAUUCCAUGGAACGUACCCCUCCUCAUGUUCAUCAACAAGGUCGGUCCUGCUCUCGCCACAGGCAAUACCCUAGUCCUCAAAUCCUCAGAGAAGUCACCUCUUUCCGUGCUUGCGGUAGCUCGACUUUGCCAGGAGAUCGGGCUCCCCAAGGGCGUUUUGAACAUUCUCUCCGGUUUUGGCCGUCCUUGCGGUGAGGCCAUCGCAAAACAUAUGGAGAUCCGUAAAGUCUCUUUCACUGGGUCAGUCCUCGCCGGACGAGCCGUCAAAAAGGCCGCAGCAGAAUCCAACUUGAAGAAUGUCACCCUCGAACUCGGUGGCAAGAGUCCACUUCUGGUGUUUCCGGACGCCGACCUCGCAAAAGCGGUGCCCGCAGCUGCAUUCUCUAUUCUCGCCAACUCCGGCCAAGCUUGCAUCGCCAGCUCGAGAGUCUACGUGCACUCCUCGAUUGCCGAUGAGUUUAUGGAAGCGAUGAAGACCACCAUGGUUCACAUGGGUAAAUCCGGAGACGCACUGAAGGCUGGAACCCAACGAGGCCCACAAGCCGACAAGAUCCAGUUCGAUCGCGUCAUGUCCUAUCUCAACUACGCCAAGGACAACGGCCUUAAGAUGCCUAUCGGUGGUGGGCGUGAAGGCAACACUGGCUACUUUAUCGAACCAACCAUCAUCGCCAACGCCCCAGAGGACUCGAAAGUCAUGAAGGAAGAGAUCUUCGGACCCGUGGUCUGCAUCAACACUUUCACUGACGAGGCCGAGGUGCUGGACCGCGCAAAUGACACCGAGUUCGGUCUUUACGCCAGUGUGUUCACCAAGGAUAUUUCGCGUGCUAUGCGAGUGGCCAAGGCCCUCGAGGCUGGUUCUGUCGGUGUCAACUGCACGAGCCCUACUAUGGCUGUCGAUCUGCCAUUCGGUGGCUGGAAGCAGAGUGGCGAUGGCAGAGAAUUGAGCAAGUAUGCGACGGAUUUCUGGACCGAGUUGAAGAGUGUCUUCAUUGCCUUGUGAGUGGAAGCAGGCGAUUCCCGUUGAUUGUGGAGAUCUUCCACUACGCCAUUGGAGUCAAUCAGUAAUCACGAUCAUACCUGAUCAUCUCGAGGAAAAGUUAUCAAGGUUGAAACGUCGUGCUCACAGUUUCCCAUGUAGCAUGAACGAACUUACCACUUCAAGAUCGCCCCAUGCUGAUACUUUUAUAAUGUCCAAGUCAG